AUGGCAUCGCCUGCCUUCACCAAUCUUGGUGACGAGCAAGGGGAAGCAAAAGAGCAGAUGUUCAGCUUAUAUUUCGGUCCAGAACUCUAUAGUCUGAUUCAACGGAGUAUGUUACCGGGCAUGCAAGGAUCAGCAACAAGUGGUGGAAAUGUCCCACAGACGGAUGCUGAGAAGGCGCAAUGGGCGCAGUCUCAGCAGGAUGAGGUCUUGCGGCAACACGCGCGCGAGGAGGCACGUCGAGUAAUGGCAGAGGAAGCCCGCCGUUACUAUGCAGAGCGUGUAGAAGGUGCAGCCAGUACAUCCGGUUCUUCGACGAAAGGUUCUACGACGGCCGGUUCACCAACUUCCUCAUCUCACUCGUUAGAUGGGGUCCCUUUGGCGUCUCAGGCAUCGCGAGCCAUUGACUUAGCAGUGCUUCGGCUGCUAGCGGGAAUGCAUGAGAAGGUGUCUCGGCUGGUUACAACAGUCUUGGGCGCUUUGUGGCCCAUCUUUGUUCGACUUGUUAAGAUUGAGGAUGGCGUCAGUGCCAAGGUUAAGGCCCGAACAGGCAACCAACAACCCAAGAACCCGCAGAAUGGCGGUGGCCAGCAAGCGGGUAGUGGCGGCAACCAAGGAGGCCGUAAUGAGAAAGGAGGAGGUGGUCAACAACAACUGUCUAUUUCCCAGAAGCAGCAGUUGCAAGCGCAGCUGAAUUACAUAAUCAAGAAGGCCCGGCUUGAUCGCAAGAAGAACUCGGAUGGCGACCGCCAUGGUAAUCGGCGUUCGACGUCUAGAUCGAGGUCGCCUCGUGAGCGAACCCCUGAACGGUAUCAUCGCAAGGAUAAGGAUGGGCGUUAUGCUAUUACGGAGAAAACCCCUAAAACCCAUGGAGAGGAUGAUUCGCGUCGGGGGCGUGCGCACUCGCGGUCUAGUAAGGACCAUAAGGGUUCAAGAGACAGCUCACGUCCCCAUAGUCGUGAACGGGGGCGUGGUAAGAGUAGAGGAAGUCGUAGUAGCAGACAGGCGUAUUCCGAGUCAUCAGAGUCGGAAGGUGGUAUGUAUUGUACAGUUACUCACGGUACGGACCAUACGGCAGAGGAUUGUCCAAAGUAUGGAGGUUCAGCGGGCGCAGCUUCACAGAAGAAGUCGCGUUGUAAGUGA